CCGCCUAUACUCCGAACGCCAAGACUAAAACAUCACGGGGUAAAGAUGGGGAUUUACGGUCUAGCACUGGUACUAAUCUUAGGGUCUCCGCAGCUUUAAUUAUAUACGCAGCUGGCGGCUAUUAACAAGCAAUACUCCUACCGGUCGUUGUCGCCGGCCACCGAAGGCGCGGUUGUGAUGGACGAGCGCUCAGAGCCGGUAGAAGCUGCGACCAGUUCGGGGAGCACAAAGCAGGCCGCGUGUCUAAGCUACAGGCGAAGCAAGAUUAGGUGUCACCGUGGAGCCGGCGACGCCAAGUGCAAGCGGUGCGACCAGGCCAAUUCAGAGUGCAUCAUCCCCAAGUACCAUGCUGGCCGACAGAAAGGCGUGAAGAAUAAACGCACUGGUCUCGAAAAAGCCGUCUAUCGAAUUGGCCAGGCCAUCGCGCGGUCAAAGGCGAAUGGCGGAGAGCUGGAGGACCAGCAGGCUGCGCUGUCCCCAGCAUCUCCUGGGCAGCACUGCAGGCUUGUUGCCAAAGAGUCAAGGGCCUGUCCAAAGCCCUCAGUUAUCAGCGCCGCCUGUACCGACACAAUAUGA